GCCGUUUCUACCUCGGGUGAUCGCGCCCGACUCGUGGCUGUCAAGUUCACGACUUUCAAGGGGAACCGAUCGUCAAUCUGCCGUUCAAGUACCACUUGAAGGUGUGCACAUCCUACGUGGUUGUGAGAGGUAUGCUUUUCAACCGCAUAUAUAGGUGAUCUCACGUAAGGACCCGAUGGCAGGUAGAUGGCGGAUGCUGUCGAUAAAACGAAAACACAAUAAUGGAACACCAUGCUCGGAAAGUGGAGGAUUGCUACAGAGCACCCACCUACUCGAUGUUGCUUCGUCCGAGACGCAGUGAUACCUCUCCGCAAUUUCCGCAGGAACUGAUCGACUACAUCUGCGAGCUUCUCCGGCUGGAUCCUUUCACACUGACGAGGUGGAGCCUCGUUUGCCAUGCUUGGUAUCACGCUGCACGGCGUGUCUCCCUCAGGCUGCGUGGCACUCAGCAGCUCACAUUGACCACCCGAGAGAUCUUGGAUGACUACGCACACAUGCUCUGGUCCCAUGGCAAUCGACCGUAUGGCAAGACAUUUGACAGCCUGUUGAUUACGGAGGACCCUCGAAGGCCUUUCAUACGUGUCUUUCCGAUACGCAUCCCCGGGUAUGUCCUACCACAGGUGACGACCCUAUGGAUACAGGGCUUCGAUUGCGCAGUCACCAGGCCACAUGAUCGCUUUUUCCGCUCCCUCUCCUGCUAUACCAGCAUCACACGUCUCAACAUUGUGGGGUGCCGCUUUCGCAGUAUGGCGGAACUCCGUAGGAUUUCCAACGCGCUACCGAUGCUCGAAGACCUAUCUCUCAGGUACAUCACACUACAGCACCCACUCAGGCUCGUGCCAAACUUGGUGUCCCGCUACGGCCCUUCCCGCAACAAGUUGAAGUUCGAGUUGAGACUCCAUCGGUGGACUGAUUACUCAGCUUCAACCGAGUUGGGCGCUCACAUUCACGAACUCCAUCCAUUCUUGUUGGACGUAUGUGCCACAUACCCAUACGCAACGUCGCUGUGGUUGGAUCUGAGGUGCUGGUCUUCGUUUUCACAUCUUCACCAGUUGAUAUCUCGCUUCUCCCGUCUAUCCAUGUUGUCGCUAUCUGCAUUCGGCCUCGGCAUCGGGUAUGCCGCCGCAAACUCAGCUCUAUACACAGUGCAUGGACUCAAUCCAUCCAAAUUGGAUCUCGAUCUCACGGGCGUGCUAGAGCCGUGGGCAUCCCAGGCUCUGCUGGCAUUCACCGUCACCCCGCAAGCAUAUAGCCAACUAGAAACCCUGACUCUCCGCAUCAAACGGGACAGCCCAUGUACAGAUCUUGGACGACACGUUACAGAGGUUCUGCGUCUCGCCGGAACGGCGCUCAAAAGAUUCGACUUUGCGUGAGACUCGAUCCACGAUGUCGUACCGCGAAUUACGGCAAACACAUCACUGACAGACCUGCAAUUGGAGUUCAUCUGGCAGGUCGAUCCAUCGCUCCCAAG